GAGGUAACUAAAAGGCACAAUAUAAACUAGCUGCUAACAUACAACGCUGGCCAACAAGAAGAUGGAGGGCUAUAACUUGGGUGUGAGAAAAGGAGCUUGGACUAGAGAGGAAGAUGAUCUUUUGAGGCAGUGCAUUGAGAAUCAUGGAGAAGGAAAGUGGCACCAAGUUCCUAACAAAGCAGGGUUGAACAGGUGCAGGAAGAGCUGUAGACUAAGGUGGAUGAACUAUUUGAAGCCAAAUAUCAAGAGAGGAGAGUUUGCAGAGGAUGAAGUAGAUCUAAUCAUUAGGCUUCACAAGCUUUUAGGAAACAGGUGGUCAUUGAUUGCUGGAAGGCUUCCAGGAAGGACAGCGAAUGAUGUGAAAAAUUAUUGGAACACUCGACUGCGGACGGAUUCUCGCCUGAAAAAGGUGAAAGAUAAACCCCAAGAAACAAUAAAGACCAUCGUAAUAAGACCUCAACCCCGAAGCUUCAUCAAGAGUUCAAAUUGUUUGAGCGGUAAAGAACCAAUUUUGGAUCAUAUUCAAACAGUCGAGAAUUUUAGUACGCCGUCACAAACAUCACCAUCAACAAAGAAUGGAAAUGAUUGGUGGGAAACCUUUUUAGAUGACGAGGAUGUUUUUGAAAGAGGUACAUGCUAUGGUCUAGCGUUAGAGGAAGAAGAGUUCACAAGUUUUUGGGCUGAUGAUAUGCCACAAUCGAAAAGACAGUGUACCAAUGUUUCAGAAGAAGGACUAGGUGGAGGUGAUUUCUCUUUUAACGUGGACUUUUGGAAUCAUUAAAUUAAGGAGCGCGCUGCUUCAAUUGAUGAUGUUGGUUUUUAAAGUGACUGUCAAAAGAUUAUUGCUUUUAAAAAUAAGUAUGAUAUUUUAUUUUUACCAAAAACCUUAAACUGCUUAACUUUAAAGUUAUGCAGGUUUUUAGCGAAAAAAAGAAAUCUCAAAUGGGGCCAAUUUCUUUGUAAUGUUGGGCUAGCUUUUUCCUUUUCCUUUUUUUUAAAAAAAAAUGUUUGAUGGUGACUUUGCAUUGUAUACAUCAUCUAGCUUGUGUACUUUUUUUUUUUUUGU